AAUAUUCUUCUUAAUUUCUGCCAACCCUAAUUAGGGUUUUAAUAAUUUAUUUUUUGAGGCGAUAAGUGUUCUUGAAAUAUACGUAAGAAGACAAUAACUAAGCCAUAAUGAGCCUAAGUUGCCUUACUUGCCAAGUUCUGGAGAGGACAAACUCGAAUUGCGAAAGGGAUUAUGGCGCGGAAAUGUACUCUUACAAGAGGCUUUUUCGUCUGGAGGUUCAUCAAAAAAGCUGGUCAGGGAAUUUAGGGCAACCACCAUCCAAUGAUGAUGAAACAACGAGUGAAUCGAUGGCGGUGGCACGGAAGGAGGGGAAGAAAUUAGGUCAUCGGCGGCUGCACAAUACCGGAGCCCUUGCCUGCGAAGGAACUGCAGAACCGAGGUUGGUUAGAAGCUGCGGGAUGAGAAGGGAUUGGAGCUUUGAGAAUUUGAGAGAGAGGAAAGAGAAUAAUAAGAAAGGGAGAAUCUACUGA